CGAAAUGUUGUGCGUGCGUGUGUCGGAUCGUCUUAUCUGCUCUGUAGUAUAGCGACCUACGCGUAUUGUAGUCUCAUAAUAUUAUAUUGUAUUACAACAGCUAUUAUUGUUGUUGUCAAUGUAUUGAAAUAAUAAUAUGUCAGCGUCUCCUCCGUGUUUAUAUUACUCGCACUAAUAUUAUAUCUAUUAUUAUUAUUAUUAUUAUUAUUAUUAUUAUUACUAAACGCUGAGCGUUCAUUAUCACUUAUCAGCGAUAACAGUUAGUACGAUCGAGUGCGAAACGCGACUGAAUAAUAUGUAUAGUAGUUGUUGUGGGACGGCGACCGUGACUGCGACCAGUGCACGAAAACCGAUUGUCCGUCAAUAACUGCAACUGUUGUGUUCGUUUACCACCACUAAACCGUCCUCCGUAUCAGAGAUCGCUUCCGCCUGGUGGUAGUGGCGGCGGUGGUGGUGGUAGUUCUAGUCAGCCGCUGACGGACAGAUAAACUCGCCGAGUGCAGCGGACUACGAGUUACGACAGUCCGUCGCCGACGUGCAUCGCAUCGUGUGUCCAAGUGUAUUGUGUUCUCCGCCGUCCGUUCUGCGCCCUUGUCGCAUUUGUCGUGUAAUAUUUGUGUAAUUAUUAUGUGCCGUUUCAAAGUGUCCGCCGCCGUACAGACGACACAGUGAACAGCACCAUGAAAACCAUUUUGUUGUACGUUUUCGCGGCGCUGGCCGCAGCCGUGUCCGGCGUUUGGUCGCUGUCCGUGUACACCGACGACGACCGUACGCGCGUACCGCAUCCGUUCGUCAAUGAUGUCGUCGACCGUGCCAGGACCAAACGAGAUAUCUCGACUACGCCGUCGCUGCCGCCGUCAAUACUGCCCGGCGUUUCCGACGGAAACUUAACGUCCAAAGUUUUUCAUUUAAAUGAAACUCGGCAACAAUUGAUGGUACACUGGGUUGGUGAAAACUCAAAUGUUAUCAUAUGUUUGGCUCGUGAAGGAUAUCCUUCUUCAUCUGUAUACAUAUCAUAUGAUUAUGGAGAUACCUAUCUUAAUAAGACGGAAGAAUUUAAAAUUGAUGCUACUAAAAAUCUAUAUGCUUCUAUUGACAAAUUUUACAUACAUCCUGCCUUUAAAACACAUUGUGUAUAUACAGAUGUAAUAAACCGUAAAAUUUUCACAACAACUGAUCAUAGUAAAACUAUCAAAUCCAUUCCACUGUCAUUUGUGCCAAGUGAAGUGACUUAUAAGCCUGAUGAACCAUCCGUGUUUAUUGUCCAUGACAAAGUUAACCCUACAAAACAAUUAUGGAUAACUCAUGAUUUUGGUAUCACUUGGACUUCACUUGAAGAGCGCGUUAAAUCAUACUUUUGGAUUCCAACAAAAUGGAAUUUGUAUACUAGUGGACAUUCAUUGGUUAUACAACGUGAAGAAUCAGCUACAACAUCUACUGUAAUUGCUGUUUCAGAAAAUAUCAACUCUGGCCAAAAUAAUUUAACUACUUUAGCUGUAAAUGUAUUACAAUUAAAAGCAAGAGAUGACUAUAUGUUUGUGACUGUACAACUUUCAAAGAAUAAUUUAGAUCUAUUGGUUAGCUACAAAGGAGGAAAUUUUGUUCGAACUCGAUUUGACACUGAACUUGACAGACGUGAUUAUCAUAUUGCAGAUAUCACUGCUAAUAGAAUAAUGGUUGCUGUUGCUCACACUCGUACUUUGUCAAACUUAUAUAUAUCUGAUGUAAUACAGUCUUCGAAUGAAGACACAGUAUCAUUCAGUUUGUCACUUGAAAGAGUGGUCGCAUAUUUCCCUAAUAUUACGUGGACAGAAUCUUUAAUUAGUGAUUUGUGGGCUGAACCAUUUGCAGAUAUCCACAAAGUAAAAGGCCUUCAAGGAAUCUAUAUUGUUUCACAAAUUUCUGCUUCAAUGCCGACAGGAAGUGUGGACAUAGGUCCAGAACAUAUUGUAACUCUUAUCAGUUUUGAUUGGGGUUUUGAUUGGCGGUUGCUAAAUGUUACACGAUCAUUUUCUCAUUGUGAAAAGUCGGAUAACUGUUCUUUACAUCUUACUCAAAUGUUUGCCCAUGUGUAUCCUGUCACAAGAACUCAUACAUUCAUUUUAUCAUCAAAGUCUGCUCCUGGAAUUAUUAUGGCUACUGGAGUAGUUGGUAAAUCAUUAAAGGGCAAUCCUGGAGUUUUUGUCAGUAGAGAUGCUGGUCUCACAUGGCGACAAGUAUUAAAAGAAAUGCAUUUUUAUAAUAUUGGUGAUCAUGGAGGCAUUUUGAUUGCUGUCCGGUACUACAAAGGUGAAAAAGAAGAAACCAGUCAAAUUCUUUAUUCAACUGAUGAAGGAGAAACAUGGCUUGAGAAAAAUUUCACUAACAGUCAAAUUAAAGUUUAUGAGUUAAUGACUGAACCCGGGGAAAACACUACUGUUUUUACUAUGUUUGGCUCAGUUAUGGAAAAACAUGAGUGGUUAAUAGUUAAAAUUGAUCUAAAGAACGCGUUUUCUUAUAACUGCACCAAAAAGGAUUACAAAUUUUGGUCACCUACCACUUCCAAAGAUCAUUUAAAAACAUCUUGUGUUCUUGGUCAGACACAAAUAUUUCAAAGAAGAGCGCCUAAAGCAAAUUGUUACAAUGGAAUGAAUUAUGAUCGACCAAUUCAGACCAUAACAUGUGAUUGUGAUAUUGAAGAUUAUACAUGCGAUCACGGAUUUUCAUGGUUUUCAAAUUCUAAACAAUGCAUUAGGAAUAAAACAAGUAGCUUUGAUCCUUAUUUAAUUCCAUCAUUUUGCAAACCUGGUUUAAUGUAUAAUCGUACAAAAGGUUAUCGCUUAAUACCUGGAGAUAUGUGUAAAAAUGGACGUUCAUUAGAAUUCUUACCUCAAGAAGUUCCAUGUCCAUUUGAGGAAAAGUCAGAAUUUAUUUUAGUUGCUCAAAAAGAGCGUAUUCUUAGGUUGAGUGGUAAUUUACCAUAUGAGGUAUUACCUGUGCGUAAACUUGAAAAUGUCAUUGCUGUAGAGUUUGAUGUGGAAAAUAACUGUGUUUUUUGGGCUGAUAUUGUUACUGAUACUAUUGGGCGACAAUGUUUAUCUGAUGGCAAACAAGGUCCAGAAAUUUUAGUGAAUUCCGGUCUUAGUAGUGUUGAGGGAAUGGCAUAUGAUUGGAUAUCUAAACAUCUUUAUUUUGUCGAUGGUGCGUUGGCUAAAAUAGAAGUUAUACGCACUAAUACUAAAAUUCCUGGACACAUGCGCAAGACUGUACUAGGUCCUACUCAUCUAAAGAAACCUCGUGGGUUAGCAGUUCACCCUAGACUUGGUUAUUUGUUUUGGACCGAUUGGGCUGUUGGUGAAGCCAAAGUAGCAAGAGCUAAUUUAGAUGGAUCUGAUGUGAAAACAUUAAUUAGUAAUGAUUCUAUUGAAUGGCCAAAUGGAUUAGCUGUGGAUUAUAUAGCUGAACGAUUAUAUUGGGCAGAUGCACGCCAUGAUUAUAUAGCUUCUUGUGAUUUACAUGGAAAUAACAUUAAAAAAGUUAUAAAAAAUGACGAAAAAGUUUCUCAUCCAUUUGCUGUAGCUAUUCUUAAAGAUUGGAUCUAUUGGGAUGAUUGGAAACAAAAUUCUAUAUUUAUGUCUGAUAAAGAUCACGGUGCUAAAAUACAAACAGUUGCUUCACAUUUGCCAGGAUUAAUGGAUUUAAAAGUUUUUUCUCAUAUGUCACAAAUUGAUAAGAACGCAUGUUCAAAUAAUAACAAAUGUUCACAUUUUUGUUUUGGUUUACCGAAUCAAAUGUUUUCUUGUCAAUGUCCAGAUAAUAUGAGUAAAUCUGAUAAUAGUUGUCUUUGUCCUGGUCUUAAAGAACCAUUUUCCAAUGGAACUUGUCCAUCAGCUGGUCAAACUUGUUCAGUUGAUUAUUUCCAAUGCGCUAAUGGUAACUGCGUGCCUAGAUAUUGGCAAUGUGAUGGAGAUAAUGAUUGUGGAGAUAAUUCAGAUGAAGUCAAGUGUACCAAAGUUUCAUGUGGUCCAAAUUCAUUCCAAUGUGAUAAUGGAAAGUGCAUUCCAUCAUAUUGGACCUGUGAUUUUGAUCCUGAUUGCGAGGAUAGUUCAGAUGAAAUAAAUUGCAAAUAUUCAAAUUGUUCUGUUGGACAAUUUCGUUGUAAGAAUGGCCGAUGCAUUUCGAUGCACUGGCGUUGUGAUUUAGAAGACGAUUGUCAUGAUGGAUCAGAUGAAGUUGAUUGUUUAAAUAUUUCCAACAAUUCUUCAUCAACUUGUCCACCAAGUAGUUUCCAUUGUCCUGGUACUGCAAACACUUGCAUUCCAGUCAAAUGGCAAUGUGACGGUGAAAAAGAUUGCCCUGAAGGUAAAGAUGAACUUAAUUGUGAUAUAGCAAACUGUGAAUCUUGGCAAUUUGAGUGUGCCAACAAGAAAUGUAUAUUUGCAUCUUGGAAAUGUGACGGAGAUGAUGACUGUAAUGAUGGAUUAAAGAGUGAUGAGGUUAAUUGUACAACUACAAAUAGGACUUAUCCUGUUGAACCAACUACUCCAUCUUUACCAUUUAUCACCAAUGGCACCUGUAGUGAAUGGUUAUUCCGAUGUAGUAAUGGAAAAUGUAUUCCUUAUUGGUGGAAAUGUGAUACUGUAAUGGACUGUGAAGAUGGUUCAGAUGAAGAACAAUGUGGAACUUUAACUCCUACAAUUUCUAAAACAAACACCUCAAUUGUAACUCCUAAAAAUAUGUGUCCUCAGCAUUAUUUCCAGUGCAACUCUGGUUUAUGUAUUGAAGACUCGUGGGUAUGCGAUGAAAUUUUUGAUUGUGAUCAGGGUGAAGACGAAACUAACUGUAAAAAUAACAAUUUUGUGGGUCGUUGCAAAAAUAAUAGCAGGGAAUUUAAAUGCCGUAUAUCUGGGUCAUGUAUUAGUAUUGAAAAAGUUUGUGACGGUACUCCACAAUGUCCAGAUGCUAGUGAUGAAAUGUUUUGUACCAACAAUAACCAAACUCCCGGAACACCAAGUUGUGGGGUUGGUCUAUUCCCUUGUGAUGGCAGCAGAUGUAUACCAGCAUCAAAACGAUGUAAUCAACAUAAGGAUUGUUAUGAUGGUACUGAUGAAGAGUAUUGUGAUACAACAAACAAUACUUUAAGUAUACAAGUGUCUUUAAUGUUUAUUGAUGAACAUGAAACGACUUCAAAUUCUCUAUCUUUAUAUUGGGCAGCACCAAAAAAUUUAAGUUUGGAAUAUUUACCUUCUAUCAGUGAAUCACGUAUGCCAGAAACAUCAGUUAAUAAGACAUGGGUGUCCGUGACUAAUUAUAAGUUUACAUCACUUAAACCAUAUACUGCAUACAAUAUGACUGUAUUUGUCCGUCAAAAAGAUGUACCUAAUACUAUCUACCCACCUGCUUUUUUCAUAUUGGCAUCAACUGCAGAAGGCGUUCCAAGUGCUCCUCUGAAUGUAAUAGUUAAACAAGUAAAUGCAGAAGAAGUUUUAGUAACUUGGACUAGACCAGAAAAUCCAGCUGGUCGCAUUUCAUCUUACAAUGUUUAUGUUGAGCCACCUCAUCCAGCUAUGGUUUUGUCUGUUGAAGCUGAUUAUAAUAAUGUUACACAAUCAUAUCCUGUUCGAUCAUCGUUAUAUCGUAGAAAAAUUGAAUAUAGCUUUUGGGUUACUGCCAAGCUAUCAGAAUUUGAAUCAGAACAUUCUGCUGUAAAAAGGUUCCAUUUCGAAGAGGAUUCUCUAGUAGAUGUUGAUUUAAAACUAAAUGUUACUGCGAGAACAGAAAAUAGUAUCACUAUAUCUUGGGAAAGUGUUGAACAUGCAGAUGGUUUUAAUAUUGUUUCUUCAGCACCAAUUAAAGAAGGGCCGUAUCCAAAUUCUAUUCAAUCAUAUAAUGUAUCUAACAAUAAUAAUGCAUUAAAGUUUACAAUUACUAAGCUGUCACCUGGUGUGACAUACACAAUAAAUGUAAUACCAUACAAUAAGCGUUAUACUGGUAUGAAAUAUACAAUUGUAACAAAAACUGACGGACAAGCAUUACCAUCUGUGACAAAUAUUACUAGUGUUUUGGUCAAUAUAAAAGAUAAGAAAGAGUCAACAAUUAGAGUACAAUGGAAUGCACCUAAACAGUUUGGAAAAACUAAAUGGCUCUAUGGGGUUUAUUAUGGUACAAAUGUUAAUGACCUUCUAAGUGGUCCUAAGUAUAAUACUUCGGCAACCAUAGCCAUUCUCAUCAAUAUUGAAUCUUGCACAUCACUUAUGAUUGAUGUUGGAGUUAUUGGUCCCAAUGGUAUUGGACCAUUAUCUAAGAUACCAUCUAACAUUAAAACUCCAUUUGAUCCAACUGUUCCACCUAAAGAUAUAAAAAUUGAACAGCUUGAACACACAAAUCAGCCCAUGAUUCUUAUAAGUUGGAAAGCAUCUUGUCACCCAGUUCAACAGUCUUACAAAGUAAGUAUUUUGGAGUCCAACAAAAAUAAAAAUUUUGAAGCUACUGUUCCAAAUGUAUCUGACACCGAAGCUUCAUUGCAUUUUUCUGUUAACUAUGGUGGAAAUUACUUUAUUCGUAUCUCGACCAUGACACCAAAUGCUGUCCCAUCAUCAUUGAUUAAUUAUCGUGCCCCAGAAUUGCCUUCUCCGCACCAGGUUAAGGUAUUUAGCAUGCCUGAUGGUCAUUAUGAAAUAUAUUGGCAUAAACCUAAUAUAACUCUUCCACUUAAGCCAUCGAUGGUGCAUUAUUUGGUGCAUAUGUCUGAGGGCAGUGAAUUGAAUGUCACAACUGCCAAGACCUAUCAAGCUGAAGAUAGUCCAUUUAUUAUCAUUGAUCCACCAACAAGUAAUAAAUUGUCAGUGGCUGUUCAACUGGCAACAAAUGAAGGUUAUGUAUCUAAAAUGUCAGAAGUAUUCUCAUUUAUACCUCAAAGUGUUGAUAGUCAAUCUUCAGAAGUGGUUGUUGUUGGUGUCAAUACCGGGUGGAUGUCUAUGAUUUUGGUAUUAUUAGUUAUAGGAUUAUCUGCAGGCCUAACAUAUUUUGUUGUUAGACAUCGGAAUCUGCAAAAUAGUUUUGUACAAUUUGCCAAUAGUCGAUAUGAUACACGGUCGGGAUCAGCUACUUUUACUGGAGUUGAUAGUCUUGGUUUAGGAGUAUUUAAAGAUGAUGAGCCAGCAGUUCAAGGCUUUUCAGAUGACGAGCCACUAGUCAUUACUUAACAAUUAUCAACUGAUCGUUCCGUCAUCUGUGAUAAAGCGUAACCAUUUAUCUCAAUCCAAGUGACAUAUUAUUUAUAUUUAUUAGAAUUUAACAUAGAAGUCAACUUCUUUAUAAUAUUAUUAUUUACCCUUAAUUAUAGUGUUGUAACUGUUUAUUUUUUACUUGAAAAUAUGUUAUUUUAUCCCUUAUUUUAUACUUUUAUUUUAAUUUAAUUUUUCUAAACUGUUUGCCUUUAGUUUAAAUAUAUCAUUUAUGAGUGAACAUGUAAAGUUAUAUCCUAUUGCCAAAAUAGUUGUGACCCAUCUCAAGUGGCGUCAAAAUGGAAAAAUAAAUUGAAAAAUGAAAUAUCAAAUAUCCACCCAUCCACCUAUUAUACUUUGUGCCAUGAAAGAUUGCAACUCCUCCACUCAUCUAAAAAAUGGAAUUUCCCCCACUAUGAAGUUGCUACUAUGUACUAUGAGACUGUUGAUAGGCUAUGAGCGGACUAAGUGUUUUGUUAAUUGUGGGGUGGUAGUCUCUCGCGAUGUAGAGUAUUUAUAUAAUACUAAAAAAAGUUCAAAAUGUUUUUUUUUGAGAAAUCUAAUUUUGAUUUCACGAAAACUUAAAAAUACAAAUUGAUAAAACAAAUGUUCUUAACUUUCUAAUAAAUGGGUUUUGGCGUCACUGCCCUUCUUUCUGACUAUCUGUAAAAAUCGAAAAUAUUGAAUAAAAUAAUAGAUAUUAUGUUUAAAAUACAAUUGUUAUAAUUUCAAUACAAUAUGUGGUAUCAAUAAAUUAUAUCCUGAAAAUAACUAUGUCAAUAAUCCAUUUUGUUACCAUACACAUGUUGUAAAUAUAAUAUUAAAAACAAUUGUUAUUAUUUGAUUUGAAGUGACUUCUGAAAUUCUUUAAAAACCUUUGCUAAAUGACUGAAUUUAAUGUAUUUAUUUUCAGUUGUUAUAAGUAAUAUAACCAGUAUAUCAUCGUUUUAUUGUUUUAUAUUGAGUUUAAAGAAUCAAUUUUAAGAUAUUAAACAGUAAUUUACAAAAAUUACAGACAUUAGCAUCCAACUUGAAUAGACUUUCAAUUAAUACAUAACAUUUUAUCAUAAAAAUUAUAAAAAUAUAAUCAAAUCUCUUGUAUAUUAUUUCCUAGUGAAUGGAUAUUGUUAUUUUAAUUUAAUUUUUUAUAGUAUUAUAAUAAUCUCCCUUUUCAUUUGAAUAAUUAUUUGUGCUCAAAUAUAUUUUAAAUAUAUUUAAUUAAUGGCUAAGUAGAUAAUUAAAAUAAGUUUAGUGGCAUAGUAUAUCUAGAUUUUAUUCAUAACUGCAUAAUAUUAGUUAAAGCCAUACAAGUAUUGUAAUGAGAAACUGCCCAAUUUCUACUUAUAAUAUUGUAUGUAUCCAUUGUUUUUUUAUUUAUAUAUACAUAAUACAAUAAUACAAACACUUAUACAAUAUUUAAAAUAAGUAUAUAAUUUGUUUAUGCCCUAUGUCUUGUCAGCUGAUAUAACGAACAACUUUACAUAAUAUAUUUUAACAUGAUUUAUUUAUAAAUAUAUCUGUGUAAUUUGUAAUUAAUUUCACAGUUGUAAAAACCUGAAAUAUACUGUUAUUUAUAUGAUAUUUCAUUGAUAAUGUUUCAUUAAAAGUUGUAUGUCUACUUAAAUUAAAUCAAUUUUUCUUUGAUUUAGUCAUUUAUAAAAUACCAAUCUACUUAUUUUUUAUGAUUUUUCGAGGUUUUUAUAUUUGUUCUGUUUAUAUUAUUGAUUAUAAUAAUUGAUAACAAAAAAUAAAUAUAAAUUUUUAUUUUUGCUUAAUGACUCAAAAUGAUAGUUGUUGAACUCCAUUCUAAAAGAAAAAACAUUAGGUAGAAAUUCGGAUAAAUAUUCUAUGCAUCAAACUUAAGAUAGCAGUGUGAAAGUGAGAAGUAAAAAUUCUAACCAAGUGUGGCCAUUACUCUUAUUUUCUAAUGAAUCAAACUAUUAUAUUUUUUUUAAAGAAUCACUAUAAUUAUCAUAUAACAUAAUAUAUAACAUACUAACAUGAUAAAAUAUCAUUUUAUUUGUUAUUAAGCAAUAUCAUAUCAAAUAUAUUAUGUAAAUCUAUGUGUUCGUGCCCUGUAUAUAAUUUUUAGAAUAAUAACUAAUAAAUAUGCAGUUAUGAUCCAUUGCUGUAUCAACAAAAUGUGCUGUUAAUUUAAACUGCAGCUAUUUAUUGUACUAUGUGGUUUUAAUUUUACUAUUAAAUUUAUUAUUGGGCAAAUAUUUGGUUGAAUAUAAUUGUAGUAGGUACCAAAGUUAGAAAUACUGUAAAUGUAAUGUAAUGUUUUUUUUUUAUUACUUAUCAUUUUAGUGAAGUUGUGAAUAAUUUUAAAUACAAUGUAUUCAUAAUAUAGGUUGUGAAAAAUAAAUUAUCAAAAUAUAUUUGUCUGAUUAAUGGAACUAUUGGAACUAUAAUAUUAUUAUCGUGAAUUCUUUUCUAUAAUUUUUAAAUUAUUGUUUAAAAGUUAAACAAUAUUGUACUACUUUUAGUGAUUUUUUAAAAUCACAUUAAAAUACAAAAGUUAUUGGCUCAUUGACAGCCUAUCAGUUUUUGUUUUUAUUAUUGAAAAAUAUAAUAUUACUAAUACACUUCUCUGGGCAAAUGGACAAAUGUCCAGUACAUAAAACAUAUUUUUCAUAGCCUAUAUCAAAACAAAAUAAAUGAACAAAUAUAUAACUUUGUAUACUAAUCUAUAAUUUUUCUACUACCUACCUUAUAUAUUAUUUUUUCUAUCUAUAUAUAUUAUUAUUUUAAAACGCAACUAGCAUAUUUUACUGUUUAGACUCCAUCAUGUCUAUUCAAACAAAUUAAUCAUGCAUAUAAUUAUUGUUAUUUUUAUUAUUAUCAUUAUUAUUAUUUAUUUUAUUACAUAUAUACAUGCAUUAAUAUAAUAUUAUUGUCUUUCAGUUUGCAUUAUGACUGAUUAAAUUAUAAUUUAAGAAGUGUGUUUAGUUCAAACCUUUGAAUAUUAUUAUGCUUUCUGUUUACUAUUAUCGUAUUUCUAUUUAAUAUAUAAGGUCAAUGUAUUCCGAAUAAUGUAAUAUUAGAUUAAAGUGUUUGGUUGUUGUAUGAAAUUCAAAAUACUAUAUAUAAUCCUAUGUUUCUUUAGUAA